CCAGUGGUAGGGUGUGGUGAAAACCUCCAUUGUUGAGACGGCUUUCGUUCUCGUUGGAACGUCUCAGAGCUGUGGUCCGAGAAGCGGCCAUGAAUCGGGGCAAGACGAUACUGAGUUCCCUCCGACUCGCCAAAUCCAUCCACUCGACUCGGAUUCCCAGAAACCACUCGCUCUAUGCUCAGGUGACUACUCAGUUCUCUAAACAAUCCCACGAUCCCAAUUCUACCUUUUUCUUCGUCCAUCGCCAGAACGCGUUCUUCUCUUCGCAACCGAGCUCGAUUCAUCAGCUCGUGUUGGACAGCGAUUGGUCCGAAGAGUUGGAGCGCGAGCUCUCGAACAGUAAUCCUACAUUGAGUCACGAAACUGUCGUGUACAUUUUGAAGAAACUGGAUAAAGACCCGAAGAAAGCUUCCGAGUUCUUCAAUUGGGUCUGUGGGAAGACUGGAUUUGAGCCUAGUUCUGUUGUUUACGGUCUAGUGCUUCGAAUCUUUGCCAACAAGGAAACAAUGAAGCAGUUCUGGAUUACCAUUAACAGAAUGAAAGAACUAGGGUUUUCUGUUAACAAGGAUACGUAUUUUACUGUUCUUCGAGUUCUUCGGAGCUCAAAGAUGGGACAUGAUGCCACCGCUUGGACUCAAUUGUAUGAUAAAAUGGUGAGGGAAAAUGAAAUGGACAAGGUAAUGAAGAAGGUGGUUCAAAUUGUAAUCCAGUUCGAUUGGGGAAAGGAUGUUGAGAGAAAAUUAGGGGAAAUGAAAAUUAGGGUUUCCGAUGAUUUUAUCUUGCGGGUGUUGAAGGAGCUCCGGGGAUGCCCUCUGAAAGCUUUGAGUUUUUUCAAAUGGGUUGGGGGCUCUUGGGGGUAUGAACACAAUAGUGUUACUUAUAAUGCAAUUGCUAGGGUCCUUGGCCGGAGUGAUUCGAUCCGGGAGUUUUGGAGUGUGGUUGAGGAAAUGAGAAAUCUCGAUCAUGACAUUGAUAUCGAUACUUAUAUAAAGAUAUCGAGGCAGUUUGAGAAGAAUAUGAUGUUGCAGGAUUUGGUGGAGCUCUACGAGCUUAUGAUGGAUGGUCCAUAUAAACCGUCGGGUCAGAAUUGCAGUGCUCUUUUGCGGACUAUUGCUAGGAGUGAUAGUCCAGAUAUGAAUUUGGUGUUUAGAGUUGUUAGGAAAUAUGAGGCAGCAGGGAACUCGCUCACAAAGGCUGACUAUGACGGGAUUCAUCGCUCUUUGACGAGUUGUGGGAGGUUUGAGGAAGCAGAGAAGAUUGUGGAGGCCAUGAAAAAUGCUGGUUAUGAACCUGAUAACAUCACCUAUAGCCAACUGGUUUUUGGUCUUUGUAAAGCUAGGAGACUAGGAGAAGCCUGUGAGGUGCUGGAUGUGAUGGAGGCUAGCGGUUGUGCUCCCGAUCUCAAGACUUGGACGAUUUUGAUAAGUGGACAUUGUACAGCUAAUGAACUCGACAAUGCGUUGCUCUGCUUCGCAAAGAUGACGGAGAAGAGCUGCGAUGCUGAUGCAGACCUCUUGGAUGUCUUGAUAAGUGGUUUUCUUCGUCAAAAUAGGAUCGAUGGUGCAAACACGUUGCUUGUUGAGAUGGUGAACAAGGCCCGUUUGAUACCCUGGCAAGCCACAUACAAGAAUCUGAUACAAAAGCUUCUGGAGAGAAGGAAACUUGAGGAAGCACUGAACCUCCUGGUUCUAAUGAAGAAGCAUAACUAUCCACCUUUCCCACAACCAUUUGUACAAUACAUUUCAAGGUUCGGGACAGUGGAGGAUGCCGAGGAUUUCCUCAAGGCAUUGACCGUGAAGCAGUAUCCGUCUGUUUCAGCUUACUGUCACAUCUUUGAGUCGUUCCUCAAGGAGGGUAGGGAUUCCGAGGCCAAAGAUCUGCUCUUCAAGUGCCCUUAUCAUAUUCGCAAUCAUUUUGCUAUUUCCAGUUUAUUUGGUUCUGCAAGAAGCACCAAUGCUUCUCCUGCCUGACAUUGUUCGAGGAAAUCUAGACAGUUAAAUCCUUGCUUCACGGAGAUACCCAGUGGAGCGUUUUGCCAAGUUUUGUCAUCUUAUAAGCAUGUAGCUACUUGCAGUCUGUCUGGAUGGGUAAAGAGCAGCGCUGCUGGCUGCUGCUCGAGUCUGACUCAUGGAUAAAUCCUUGUACAAAGGACCUCAGCGAAGCACUGCAAGACUUUUUUCAGAGGUUUUCACUCUGUAGAGGUAUCAUCCUCUUUUUGCUUGCUUGAACUUAAUGUUUAGGGAAGUGUUUGAGGUUUAGGUGAAUCUGGUAUUGACAUUAGAAUUAGAUCAAGGUUUUUGGGGAGUUAUGGGGCUAAUAAUAAUAAAUAGGGCAUUUGCACUUUUCCUUUUUCCUCUUUACAUCUAGGGUUCACAUUUGUUCUUAACUUAGCACUUGCCAUGUAUUUGUUGAAAGCUGAGAGAUGAAUGCCUAUGUUUUCACUUUUAAUGGAGGAAGAACUUUCUUGCUUUA